AUGUACCGCCCAAACUCGUUAUGGACAUGGUCCUUCGCCAUCGUCACACUCAUCCAAACCAUCAUUACUCUUGCAUUAGAAUGCUACGUGUUUGCGAAUUUUCAGAUAAAUACUAAGCCGAAUAACAGCCAAGUGCCUGCCCUUAAAACAGUCCCAACAUUUCUAGCAUUGUAUAGUUUCGGUUUUAUUUAUGAGCUAGUGUUGGUGUACGAUGCUCUGCGUAUGAAAAAUACUAUCCAAGUCAUUGGGCUAUGCUUGUGCAAUGUUGGGCUUUUGAUCUACGGGGCCGUGCAAAUACAGCAGGUCAAAGAGGCUGUGGGCAUUUUGAGGUACCAGCAUAUGAUCAGUGACAAUAUCUGGGCGGAGUCUCAGCCCUUUCUCAUCAUCAUCCCGUGUGUUGUUGGUAUGGGUACGAUUCUGAUGUCAAUUAUUGCUUGGAAACUUUACGAUGAAUUUGCUUGGUCUAUCUACAAGCACAUCAGCGCUGAUCUGCGCAUGAAGCGCCGGUACCUCACAUAUCAGAUUUAUAUUGCCCUCCUGAAAUUCGACUUUUUCUUCUUCCUUGGAUUUACCGUCCAAUUCGUUGUGAUUAUCACCAACAAAUCAGAUGUUGAGUUCGCCCUCACUGUGGCUGCUGUACCAGUGACCAUCAUAAUACUGGUGUGUGCGGCCAUAUUCGUUCGGCGCGAAACCAUUCUUGGAAUGGUUAUAAUAAUUCUUCUCUAUUUCGGCGCAAUGGCAUACUUCUUGUUUAAGCUUGUCCGCAUGUACGCUCCGUCAACGGAGCCAAUGUACCUUCCUGCUCGACGAUCGCUUACAUUCUUCGCCGUUAUUACGCUUAUUUUAAUUGUCCUGACCAUCGUCAACGCGGGCAUAUGUAUGCACAAUUUCCACAAGGGUCUAAAACCGCAUAUCAACAAGAAAAAAGACCGCAAGGAGGCAGAAAAGACGACAGAGCUGUCCUCCAACAUAACCGGCCAGGUACCUAACCGAAUGAUGAUUGACUAA